CAUGACAGCAACAGCACAGAGGCAAUGUCCACUUGCCAGCACAACUGUCCAGAGUUAUUUCCACCUCAUUAUGGGAAUUUUCUUUUAAUAUAUUCCUGUUAAAACUCCAAAAAUGGAUUUUUCACGGGGUUAUAAAUUCCUGUGGAUUUUAGGUGCAGCCCUGGUGAGUUUUCCUCAGUUAAAUCUGGGACUGUUGUCUGACUUCAAGAUCUGUGGAGAUUCUGAGUGUGAAAGCCUAAUGAGCAGAGUGCAAGCCAUUAAGGACCACCAUAGUAAGGACUGCCUUUUCCUGAGCUUCAAGCGUGGAGAAACCAUUUUUGUCUACCACAAACUGACUGGAAAAAGGGAAGACCUCUGGGCAGGCAGUAUUGAAAAACAGUUUGGCUAUUUUCCAAAGGAUGCAGUGCAAGAAGAGCAGGUCUAUGCAACUACAGAGAAAGUAGUGGAGACACAGAAAUCAGAUUUCUUCUGCUUGGAUGAGUCGGGGUAUCCUAUAGACUCGGCUCAUCUGGACUUUGAUGAUGACAGUGAUGUUAAAAUCCAAAUCCAGGAGUCAGAAACCAGUCAAAUGACGGCAAGCGCUCACGUCAUAGAUACUAAUGAGCCUGUGAUAUCUGCGGAUGGCUCCAAGGAAUUCUUGAUAACAGCAGAGAAAGCAGAUGAAAACAAAGAUGCUGAUGACACAAAUGGAUCUCAAGAGGAAGCACAUGGGACUCCAGCAGCUCUGAAUGAACAAGCUCAGCCCAGCUGUACCAGCUCGUCGUGCAUAAUGCAAGACAAAUCUAAGGACGAUUCAGCUGUAACCAAGGAUAACAACAUCCACAGACAUGAGCACAUGACAGGGGAGAAGGCUCAAGUGGGUGGCACAGUUAAAGAAAGAGAUUCUGUGGAUGAAGAAAGAAGAAAUAAGGGAAGUGAAAAAGACGGAGCAUCCUUUCCUCACAUUCAGCCAGGAUCACUACAGCCACAGGAAGGGGUAAUGAAGCAAAUUUUGGACUUGACUCAUCAGAUGGCUGAACACUUCACUAUCCACGCUCACACAGUGAAGGGUGUCCUUGUAUGGCUUAUUGUACAGGUUGUUUCUUCACUACCUGAUGAUAUAAGACCAGGGCCAGACCUGUAUGGUGUACCAUGGGAACCAGUCAUCAUUGCUAGUUUGUUGGGGCUGUUGACAGUCAUGCUGUUCACCUGUAGAUGUUAUAGCUCUAUUAAAAGCAGAAUGUAUAGAAGUAAAGAGAGGUGGAUGGCUGAACAGGUUGCACAGCUGCUGGAUGAGAAGUGUAAAGUUCUGGAGACUCUCAGUCAGUGUCAACAAGAGUAUGAUGACUUGGAGAGUUCACUGAAGGACAGUGGUGUGCUGGCCCAGACUCAAAAGACAGAACAUCUGGAGAUUAAAGCAAGACAAUUGGAAAAGGCUAAAAUAGAACUGGGAAGUGAUCUGGAGCAACUUAAAAAUCAAUUGGACCAGCAGAAAGAACAUAGGCAGGAGCAAGAAAGGAGGAUAGCUGUGCUGGAGGAGAGCAUGAAAGCCUUUGAAGAGGAAACAAAAGACCUGCAGUCACAAGAAGAGCAGGCACAAACCACUUUAAAGAUAUACAGUAUGAACAGCGAAAGAUUACAGAGAAAUCUGGAAACAGCAGGAGAGGAGAACACAGUGCUACAGGAAAGCAAUGCUCAUUUGAAGCAGCAGGUGGAGGGAUGGGCAGAAAGAGUGAGUGAGUUAGAGGCAGAGAUGCAAAGAUGUGAGCUUGCCCACACUGGUAUGCUGCAGGAUGUUGCUAACAAGGAUGAACGCAUUAUGUUCCUGACGGACCGGCUGCUGAGGAUUAAAGCUUGGGAUUCAGAUAUGGAGGAUAAGGAAAAUGAGGAAGGUGGAGAGAAGGAGGCAACCAAUGGGACAACAGAAAAAGAAGGGAGUGGAAAAAGGGACCUAACAGAAGCACAUCUCCAGAAAGUCCAGAAACUCAUUUAUGCUGCUAAGCUGAAUGCAGACCUCAAAUCAGUGGAUGAAGAUAAAGACAGAGUAUUUGCCAAAUUGAAUGAUGAAGUCAGUGCCAAAGAAGACCUACAAGUGGGCAUUAAGGAAAUGGAGAAAGAGAAGCUAUCACUACAGGCUGACCGUGAGCAUUACUCUGAUCAGGUUCAACGAUUACAACAGAAACUCCAGAUUAUAACAGAAAUGUACCAGGAGAAAGAGCUCAAGCUGCACAGAAUGCUGACGGAGGAAGAAAAGGAGCGACUCCAGAAAGAAGAGAAGUUGCAUAAAGCAGACAAAAACAUUGCAAUGGCUAUGGAAGAACUGAACAACUAUAGGCAACGAGCAGAAGAAAUGGAGGAGGAACUGGAUAAAACCAGACAGUCUUACCAAACUCAGAUAUCAGCACAUGAGAAGAAGGCUCAUAAUAACUGGCUGGCAGCCCGAGCAGCGGAGAGAGAAUUGUCAGACAUCAGAAGAUUAAAUGGCCAGCUCAGACAGAAACUCACAGACACACAAUUUAAACUGGACUCCCUUGACAAAGAUCCAUAUGCCUUGAACAGCCUUGCUAGACCUCUGCCUUUCCGAGCUGAAAGGUCACCAUAUGGCCCCUCACCUUUGGGACGGCCCUCUUCUGAAACCAGACCUUUCCUCUCACCUCCUACUUUGACGGAUGGGCCACCUGCUAGACUGUCUCCAAGAGUGUUUCGUGGUCCAGGGGAACCCCCAAGUGGCCAAGGAGAAAUGGAGCGCAGCGGAGGUCCCCAUUCAGACAGUGGUUCAAUCUCUCCUACAUGGGAGAGAGAUCGUAGGGGUCCCCCACCGGGACCCCCUGGGCCUGCAGGACCCCCAGGCUAUAUGUUUCCGGAACCAGGGGGCCCCAUGUUUGGGAGACCUCCACCAGGACCUCUGUGUCCUUUGCCUCCUCCUGGCUCACUCCCACCAGGUCCUCUCCAUCCAAGAGGUCUCCCUCCAGGAGUUCCUCACCCAGUGGAGAUGGCAGAUGGCUCAUUCAGAGAUAACAGCUUUGGACCUGGUGAUCAGGAGCCCAGAGUGUCCGGUCCUGGUGACCAGAGGACUUCCCCUGAGUCAGAUCCAAGGAUGGGUGCCCCACCUCCUCCUGGCCCCCCAAGGGGCCCCAUAGAUGGUCCCUUUCCUCGCAGAUCCCCUUAUGGACCCCCACCCCCUCCAGAUUUCUACCCUCCUAGGGGGCCGGGAGGUCCUCCCAUGAUGCCCAUGUGGGCUCCACCUCCUCCAGGAAUGAUAUUCCCUCCUCGCUUCCCUCCCGGUGGACCUCCUCUUCCUCCUGCACAUCAUCAUAACAUGACUUCCUACGGUCCCCCCAUGGGGCUUCCUCCUCAUGAUGGUCUCCCACCCCCUUCUAUGGGCCCACCCCCUCCUCAGCAGUCCCUCCCUUCACAACCACAUAGUCAGUCGCCAGGGCAAAAUAUACCCUCGCCUGAAGACGCCAUAUGAGCCUGACAGAGUAUCGACAUGAGCUGUGAGAUGACACAUUUCUGAUUUAAAAUUGCACUCAGUGGUAGGUGAAGGUGGAUAAUUUCCCCCUUUAACAUCUAUUUAUACACCAGGAGGGUGUAUUUAAUGUAAGGUGUUAGUGGGGAAAUAUCAGUCUCCAUUAGGUGGUUUUAUUGCUUUUUAUCUGCCUCUGCUCAAUUCCUUCUAAUCACGUCCUUUUUUCCUUAUUUCUGUCUUUCUCAUUUUAAUUCCCCCUCUCUUUGCCCCAUCACCAUCUAGCAUAGGUUGUUUAUCUUGGCGACAGCAGUUAGGCUCUUGCUUAGUUGCAACCUAAACUGUACAUGUGUAUGUGAGAACACUGCAUCAUGAGCCAGAAACAGCUUGUUUGGUAGACUAAGGCAGAAAGCUUGUUCUAAUUUGGUCUUUAUAGAGGGACAAGAUGUCAGGAGUAUGACCACAUAUGUCAGAAUUUCAGCCUGGUAGACAAAUGUCACCUGUGACAGGGUAUGAAGGCAGAAAUAUAUAUUUAAGCUUCAAAUAGGCCGUUUUGUUGUGUAAUAAUCUUAAAAAUUUUGUCAUUUAGCAUUUGUAGCAUUGUUUACAUUGAUUUGACACUUUAAUCAGAUCGCAGGUGUCGUUUUAACCUUGACUGAAUGGAGUUGAUCUUAAACUGAAUAUUCCUGAGGUCAGAUGAGGGGGGAGGGGUUCUUAAAAUCUUAUCAAAAAACUUUUUCUGACUUCUUUUUGAGAUUCAGCAGACUUGCCUUCAUCAGCAAAGUUAAUCCUUCAAACCAAGAGCAGCAAUGAAACUGUGCUUCUAAGCCUGUUACAGUGACUUACAUGCAGCCAUGGCUUGAAAACAGUGGCUCAUAAUAGCUGCUUGUGUUCUCUGACAGUGAGCUGUGACUUGGUCUGGCGGUCACGGAGUGGUGAAUUAAAUGGACUCACUGGAAGAGUGGCUUCCUUCAGAGCCCAAGAAAUGAGAUCUUUGUGAAUUUUGUAAAAAGGUAAUUAUUGAUAGAUGAAUAAAGACUCAAUGUCUCCAUAGUACACUGAUGUAAUAAUGUAAAGUGUUUUGUGCAGAGUUGCAUUUCAAAAACUCAUCAGUGGAGAAAGAAAACAUUGACUUGCAAUUAUAAUAAAAUACUGUGUAUAUGACAAACAAUGGAAAUGUUUUAAAUAUUUUACAUGUGUAAAAAUAUUGAAAAUUAUUUUAAAGCAUACUUUCAUUCAUUGUAAUCUUGAAUAUACAUCAUUGUUCCUA